CUGAGAUGAACUUGGAAUCUUGUUGGACUGAACCAGCAGUCAUCCUAGGACAAAGGAUCAGAUCGCAACAUUCACUUUCAAGGUUGACUGAGUCUGUGCUGUUAAGCGGUGACAAUGAUGAUUCCAGCUCUGCUCUCCGUCGCAGUCCCGCUGCUGUUUCUUCCUGGAACUCCGGCUCCAUUCCUUGCCCAAACUCCCUUCAACGUCACGGUGGCAAACUCUGUCACAAACACUCCUAGUAAGACCUACAAGACCUACACGGCUUUCAAAGGAAUCUUACUGAGUGGACUGAAGAGACUGCGUGACUCCAACCAAAACUUCAUGUUCACGUACACUAAUGAUUUCGACAAAGGCCCAAUCCUGGAGAGUGUGAACGGUCUUUAUGGAUGUAGUGCACAGCACACCUUCUGGAAGCUAAAGGCUGUUCGGAACGGCACCGUCAUUCCUGAUGUUGGGAUCGGAUGUUUUAUUCCGUGUGCAUACGAUGAAGUCUUCCUGGAAUUUUCAAAGGAUGACCCUGCAGCACAGCAAACACCCACUACUACUCCUGAAACUACCACACAUCCUACACAAACACCCACUACUACUCCUGAAACUACCACACAUCCUACACAAACACCCACUACUACUCCUGAAACUACCACACGUCCUUCACAAACAACCACUACUACUCCUUGAUUUACCACACCGGCUCCAGCUUUCUGAUUUUUGUCUUACACUAUCAAUCAUCUUCAGUAAGACAUAACCGCCAACUUAACUGCAUGUAAUUUUGUAUGACACAACAAAGAAACAUACUGCUGUGAUUCCUAACAAGAUUGAUUUUUCUUUGGCAUUUCUGAUGAUUAUCACUUUGGGAACCAUGUAGAUCUGAAUUUUCCACACUGUAACAUCCUCAGAUGUAUGACAACUUUAGGACUAUAAUCAAUACUACUACUGCUCGUUAAAAUGAUUAAUAGAGAUCUU